AUGCCCCCCCCAAAAACAGUCGCUGCCACCACAGCCCUCGCUGCCCCUCAACCCAUCGAAGUCGACCCCAACGGCGCAAAGAACCUCGGCAACGGCGCGGGAACCCAAUUCAUCACUGGCGCAUGUCUCAGCAAUGCCGACUGCGCCUCCGGGUGCUGCGCGUCCAUCGUAGGCGGUAGCAGCGCGAAUGGCAUCUGCUCCGGGCCCGCGGUAGGCAACGUCGCCGGCAAGGGCGGCUGCGGCUUCUCUGCUGCUGGGGGCGGCGCGGCUGCCGCCCCUCCUUCUUCUCCUCCCCCUCCCGCCACGAGCGCCGGAAGUGGGACCACGCCCCCGCCUACCACCGGCGGUGCGGCGGCGGCCAAGCCCAUCCAGGUCGACUCUAGCGGCGCCAAGAACGUGGGCAACGGCGCGGGCAAGCAGUUCAUCACGGGCGCGUGCCUGAGCAACGCCGACUGCAACUCCGGCUGCUGCGCGUCGAUCAUCGGCGGUAACGGUGCCAACGGGAUCUGCUCCGGCACGGCGGUGGGGAACGUCGCUGGCAAAGGCGGAUGUGGCUUCUCUGCCGCUGGCGGUGCUGGCGCCGGUGCUGCUACGCCGCCCCCGGCUACGGCUAACCCGGCGAAGCCUGGCACAAACAACAACGCUUCGGCCGGCAGCGGCACGUGCGCGGCUGUGAACGCCAGCGCUGCUGGGAGCGCCAACGUCGGCAAGGGCAACGGGCAGCAGUUCAUCACGGGCCAGUGCCAGAGCGCCGCCGACUGUGCCUCGGGUUGCUGCGCAAAGCAGGCCGAUGGGUCGGCUCAGUGCAAGGCGCGCCUGGUCACGGAGCAGGCGGGCGGGAGCUGCGACUUUAGCUGCACUGCCGCCUAG